GGGCUCAGUUGUUUCCUCCGCCACCGCCGCGCCCGCCGCCGCUCGCCGCCACCUUGAACAUGGAGCCCCCGGACGCCCGGGCCGGGGCGCGCAGGGCCUCGCGGGUGCUGGUGCUCGCGCUGCUGCUGGGGGCGCACCCAGGUGCCAAGGCUGAGGUGCGCCUGUCUGUGACCCCUCUGGUGGAGGUGAUGAGGGGAGAGCCUGUCACUCUGGACUGCACCCCUUUGGAGGCCCAUGACCAUUUCGUGCUGGAAUGGUUCCUGGCCGACCGCGCUGGGGUCCGCCACCGCCUGGCCUCGGCCGAGCUGCACGGCACUGAGCUCCAGGACAAGGUGCACGACUCCCGGGGCCGCAGCCCCCCAUACCAGCUGGACUCCCGGGGGCGCCUGGUGCUGGCCGAGGCCCAGGUGGGCGACGAGCGGGACUACGUGUGCUUGGUGAGGGCGGGGUCAGCGGGCACUGCCGAGGCCACCGCGAGGCUCAGUGUGUUCGCGAAACCAGAGGCCACCGAGGUCUCCCCCAACAGAGGGACACUGUCCGUGAUGGACGAUUUCGCCCAGGAGAUAGCCACGUGCAACAGUCGCAAUGGGAACCCGGCCCCCCAGAUCACGUGGUACCGGAACGGGCAGCGCCUGGAGGUGCCCAUGGAGGUGAACUCCGAGGGCUACAUGACCAGCCGCACAGUCCGGGAGGCCUCGGGCCUGCUGUCUCUCACCAGCACCCUCUACCUGCGGCUCCACAAGGCCGACCGGGAUGCCAGCUUCCACUGCUCCGCUCACUACCGCCUGCCCUCGGGCCGGCGCGGCCGCCUGGACAGCCCUUCCUUCCGCCUCGCCCUGCACUAUCCCACGGAGCACGUGCAGUUCUGGUUGGGCAGCCCCUCCACGACCGCAGGCUGGGUUCGCGAGGGUGACUCUGUCCAGCUGUUCUGCCGGGGGGAUGGCAGCCCCAACCCGGAGUACACGUUCUUCCGCCUUCAGGACAAGCAGGAGGAUGUGCUGAAAACAAAUCUCGAGGGGAACUUGACCCUGGAAGGGGUGCAGCGGAGCCAGAGCGGGACGUACGGCUGCAGGGUGGAGGACUACGACGCCGCGGAGGACGCGGAGCUCUCCAAAACCCUGGAGCUGCACGUGGCCUACCUGGACCCCCUGGAGCUCAGCACUGGGGAGGAGCUUUCCUUACCCCUGGGCAACAGCACAGCCGUGAACUGCUCCGUGCGAGGCCUGCCCACCCCAGCCCUACGCUGGACCAAGGACUCGGUACCCCUGGGGGACAACCGCACGCUCUCCCUCCGCUCCAUCACCUUCGAUUCCGCCGGCACCUACACGUGUGAGGCCUCCAUGCCCACGGUCCCCGUCCUUAGUCGCACCCGGAGCUUCAAGUUGCUGGUCCAAGGCCCCCCAGAGUUAAGGGCAGAGGAGCCUCAGCCCAAGGCAGAGGGCAGCUGGAGGGAAGGAGAUGAAGUCAGGCUGAUCUGCUACGCACGCGGCUACCCAGAGCCCAAACUCAGCUGGAGCCAGUUGGGCGGCAGCCUAGCAGAGCCAGCCCCCGGAGGCCAGGGCUGGGUGAGCAGCUCCCUGACCCUGAAGGUGACCAGUGCCUUGAGCCGAGAUGGCGUCUCCUGUGAGGCCUCCAACCCCCACGGGAGCGACCGGCACGUCUUCCACUUCGGCACUGUGGCCCCCCAGACCUCCCAGGCUGGAGUCGCGGUCAUGGCCGUGGCCGUCAGCGUGGGCCUCCUGCUCUUCGUCGUGGCCGCCUUCUACUGCAUGAGACACAAGGGGCAACCCGGCUGCUGCCGGCGGGGGGAGAAGGGAUCUCCUGCUGAGCCCGAGGACCUCCCAGGGGCACUCACUGAACCCGACCUGGAGUUGCGGGCACCAGAAAACCAGCCCUGCUCACGCCUCCGCCUGCCCCCGCCUUCCCGGCCUUCCCUCAUCCCUCUCGGGCCCUCCCUUCCUUCCUCUGUAGGCUGGGCAGGGACCACAGCAGCCCUACCGCCGCUGGGAGGGAGGAGACCUUCCUCCAGGGAGUAUGACUCUCCCAGGCCCCAGAAUAGCUCCUGGACCCAAGCCCAAGGCCUGGCCUGGGACGAGACUCGAGGGUCGGCUGGCCGGGGCUAUUUUUACCUCCUGCCUCCACUGCUGGUCCCCCCACCUGACGUCCUGCUGCAGAGUCUGACACUGGAUCCCCACCUCACCCCCCCGCCCCUGCCCUCGCCCCCUCAUCUGUGGACACUGGAUUCUGGAAUAAAUGCUGUCUGUCACGUGGACACCAUCCUGUGGCCAGAGCCUCCUCUGGGGGGUGAAAGGGGAGAGAGGCGCAGGUGAUACUCCCCGCCCCCCUGGCCCGCCCGCCCCCUUGCUGGACCUCGGGAGAAUCUGAUGUCAUGGAGAAAGAAAUGAGAGAGAGCGCGCGCGAGAGAGAGAAAGAGGUGACUCAGCUAGAUGAGGGUGGAGGAGAGAGGUGCUGCGGGUCCAGAGGGAGCUGAGCCUGGCCCCUGAGGACCAGUGCCUAUCUGCGGGGUGGGGUGCUGCCCCCUUAAGUAAAACUUCCCAGUCUCUUUUGCCAGAGACCCAGGGGAAUUGAAGCUUCCAGAGGAAAAGCUCUCUCUGAGCCGUACAGUGGAUGGAAUUAGGGAUUUAGCUGUCUACUCUGAGGGUGGCCUGGUCCCUGCAGCUGAGGACUCCCUGGGGGAGGGGGGGUGACUUGGAGGAACCCCAGUGAAGGGGCCUGGGGCAGAGAGAAGAGAGGGUAGAAACGGCAAGGCCAGCUAGAGAGACUUACUGAGGCAGGGAUUUGAAAGCAGGAUGGAGAGGCUUAAGGGGAGGUAGAGGGAUGGACUGGGGCAGCUCAGAGAAGAGAGAGCCACUGAGUCAGACAGAGAUUUGGGGAGAGAGGCAAAGACAGACAAAUACAGGCAUACCUUGGACCAAUUUCCAGUGCAGUUCCAGACCACGGCAAUAAAGCGAAUAUCACAGUAA